AAUAAUCUGUGCCGCGGCAACAACACCAAGACCCUUAUUACCCCGUCCCUUUAGACCAUUCCCAUUCUGAGAACUGGAAAGUGCCAGAAGAAGGUUAGUGGUACGUCUUAACUCCGACCUUCGCUGACUCUUAUUGUCUCAUUUCUUCGUGAUGUCUUGAGCGUCACGAUGGAUUCUGACGACGAGCUGCCGCAUUGGAGUGUGCUCAUAGGACGAAAGAGCGGCGACGGCAGCGGCAAGACUAAAGUCAAACCAGGGAAACGCAAAGCGUCGAGCUCACUCACGCCAACCCUCAGGACAACGAAAUCUUCAAAGUCGCUCAAGAAGCGUCGAAAGAUUACUAUCACGGAAAUCAUCGAGAUAUCGACCGAUGAUGAACAGGACAACUAUCCGAAAGCCUCUCGGUCGCGCGAUAGGAACACAAAGUCGCUUUUCAGCGUGGCGGGACCUGCGACUCGGAGUCAAGGAUCGAAUAAGACAUCUGCAAACGGAACGUGCGCACAUGUAUCGACGCCUACAGCAUGUCUAUCGAAGACGUACUUUGAGCAGCUGUGCAAGCAGACAGGCCAAGAGCGGGAUUUUAUACCGCGUAUACCAAAGGCGGCAGCUGUGAAUGGGGAGGAGGGAGACCUGGAUUUCGUAUCGCGUAUACCAACGAAAGCACACGAUGGACCUGCGAAUAUGGCGUCUACUAGUGAAGAGGAGAAGGAGGAUGAGGAUGCACGUUCAGUGACGCUGGACAUAACGACGGACUUGGAAGCACCAGUAAAUAUGUCACGAACAUAUUUCGAGCGCAUAUGCAAGUGGGUUGGGCACAACGUAGAUUUUGGUGGCGGAAGGAUGAAUUUAAGGGGAUUGAACACAUAAUAUGAUCUUUUGUCGGCAGAGAAGAGCAAGCAAUUUAAAUAUCGAUUUGUAUAUAUAACUACUGUAAUAUGUCAAUCAAUACCCGUUGGGAG